ACGCAGUGUUCCACACGCGGGUCCAUUAAGUGGUUCGGGUUUUAUUGAAUGCAACACAUCAUUAUUCUAUUGUACGUCUAUUUGUGACCGAAUAAGAUGUGGUACGAUUCGACUUAAUUCAGUUAACAAUAUCGACUUGCGGAAACCGUAUAUGGGAGAAUGCCGCGCUAAAACCGGACCUGAAUAUUCUUAAAUGCAAUUUUAAUCCGUUGCAACGUGACCGUUCGUUUUGUAAGUGGUGUUUUGCUGUGGAACUAGAAAAGUAUGAUAAAAAGUAUUGCCCUACAGUACCUCAACUAUUUCAAGAACACUUUGAACGUCAACAGACUAAAAAGCAUAAGAUGGAUGAACAGAAAGGCUUUGCCGCACGAGGCGUAUUGCCCGACACCGGUGGAACACAUCGCCAACAUCCUGACCCACGGGGUUUGGAUCCUGCCAAGCAUUUUGGGCACGAUGCAAUUGAUCGAUAGGGCAAGCACUGGCCCGCAACGUCUGUCCGCUCUGGUUUACGGCGCCACUUUGGUCUUCCUCUUCAGUGUCUCGACAUCCUUCCACUGCGUCUUCUACUGCAACAAACACAGAAAUUUGAAGGACGUAUUGCACAGAUGUGACAGAGGGAUGAUUUAUAUUUUCAUUGCCGGCUCGUAUUUCCCUUGGUUAACGAUUGAACAAUUGCCGAUCGAAGGUUGGUCCUCGUCUAUGAGCUGGAUUGUUUGGGUUUUGGCCUUCCUCGGUAUUAUUUACCAGCAGACUUUCCACGAGAAGUACAAAACGUUGGAGACGCUCUUCUAUUUGUUCAUGGGACUCGGACCAUCGCUUACGAUUUUAACUGAACACUUAAUAUCAGGAAUCAUGGAGCUGAGCAUUGGUGGCAUUCUGUACGUUUUAGGGGUGAUUUUUUUUAAAUGUGACGGUGUCGUGCCGUUUGCGCACGCGAUUUGGCAUCUGUUUGUUGUUGCGGCCGCGGCUGUACAUUAUUAUGCAAUUCUGAAAUAUCUUUAUUAGGGAGAACUUCAAUUCUUUCAUACCGCUAUUACCAUUUCAACUUCCGGAUAAACGUGUUUUUUUAUCAUUUUUAUUGUGUGCCAAAGGAAAUAUUUGAGAAUCUUCUACAGAAAUACUCAUUCUUAUCAGUCUCGUAAACUAAAAUUAACGUCUAAAUCUGUGAUAGGAGAAGAAUGUUAUAUUAUGUUAUUUUUUCAAUUAUUUUCAUCUGUGAUUCCGGCAAUAUAACUUUUCGUACCUGCAAACCAAAGACAAUUACGAAUCUACCAAUUUUUAAAAUUGUCUCUCUAUUUUUACGAUAGAAAACAGUUGUUAAAUAGCCCACAGAUUAUAUAGGUGUAAACUCCACAAAAGAAAACAAAUUGUGUGACCAAUAAAUCGUGUCUUACCAAAAAGAAUAUAGACGACAAUAUAGUAGUUCGUUUAAAAUAACACAGGUACCCCCUUAUUUUUUAAUCUGGUUAUAAUUUCGCAUCGUUCUUUGUUUUUCAAAAUUUAAACAUGCAGUAUUAGAUUUACAAAUUUCAAUUUUGCCAAAAAUGACCAAAAGUUAUUUUGUUUUUGUACAUAUACAUUGUAAAUACAUUAAUUUUUAUAAGGGCUAAUUUUAACUUUAUAGCUUCCAUAUUAUAAAGUCAAGAAAGUAUUUUAAUAAACAAGGAUAAGACAGGAAAA